GACUCGGCGGCGGACUCCAGCGCGAACUUUGCCGGGCCCGGGAGGGGCGCGUUAGCUCGGGAAAGGCGGCGGCGGCAGCACUGGCAUCAUGCGCCCGUCCAGCGUCCUGCACCGCCUGGCCUCGCUGCUGCUGUGGCUGAACGUGCUGGGCCCGGGCCGGGGCCGGGGCCAGUUCCACGGCGAGAAGGGCAUCUCCAUCCCGGACCACGGCUUCUGCCAGCCCAUCUCCAUCCCGCUCUGCACCGACAUCGCCUACAACCAGACCAUCAUGCCCAACCUGCUGGGCCACACCAACCAGGAGGACGCGGGGCUGGAGGUGCACCAGUUCUACCCGCUGGUGAAGGUGCAGUGCUCGCCCGAGCUCAAGUUCUUCCUGUGCUCCAUGUACGCGCCGGUGUGCACGGUGCUGGAGCAGGCCAUCCCGCCCUGCCGCUCCAUCUGCGAGCGGGCGCGCCAGGGCUGCGAGGCGCUCAUGAACAAAUUCGGCUUCCAGUGGCCCGAGCGCCUGCGCUGCGAGAACUUCCCCCGCCACGGCGCUGAGCAGAUCUGCGUGGGGCAGAACCACUCGGAGGACGGCGGCUCCCCGGCGCUGCUCACCAGCCCCGCGCCGCUGCCCGGCCAGGGCACCCCGGGCGCGCCGCGCUACGCCACGCCGGAGCACCCGUUCCACUGCCCGCGGGCGCUGCAGGUGCCCAGCUACCUCAACUACAAGUUCCUGGGCGAGAAGGACUGCGCGGCGCCCUGCGAGCCGGCCCGCGGCGACGGCCACAUGUUCUUCAGCCAGGAGGAGGUGCGCUUCGCCCGGCUCUGGAUCCUGGUGUGGUCCGUGCUCUGCUGCGCCUCCACUUUCUUCACCGUCACCACCUACCUGGUGGACAUGCAGCGGUUCCGCUACCCGGAGCGGCCCAUCAUCUUCCUGUCGGGCUGCUACACCAUGGUGUCGGUGGCCUACAUCGCGGGCUUCGUGCUGCAGGAGCGCGUGGUGUGCAACGAGCGCUUCCAGGAGGACGGGUACCGCACGGUGGUGCAGGGCACCAAGAAGGAGGGCUGCACCAUCCUCUUCAUGAUGCUCUACUUCUUCAGCAUGGCCAGCUCCAUCUGGUGGGUCAUCCUCUCCCUCACCUGGUUCCUGGCCGCCGGCAUGAAGUGGGGCCACGAGGCCAUCGAGGCCAACUCGCAGUACUUCCACCUGGCCGCCUGGGCCGUGCCGGCCGUCAAGACCAUCACCAUCCUGGCCAUGGGGCAGGUGGACGGGGACCUGCUGAGCGGCGUCUGCUUCGUGGGGCUGCACAGCCUGGACCCGCUGCGCGGCUUCGUGCUGGCCCCGCUCUUCGUCUACCUGUUCAUCGGCACCUCCUUCCUGCUGGCCGGGUUCGUCUCGCUUUUCCGCAUCCGCACCAUCAUGAAGCACGGCGGCACCAAGACCGAGAAGCUGGAGCGGCUCAUGGUGCGCAUCGGCGUCUUCAGCGUCCUCUACACCGUGCCCGCCACCAUCGUCAUCGCCUGCUACUUCUACGAGCAAGCCUUCCGCGCGCACUGGGAGCGCAGCUGGGUGAGCGCGCACUGCAAGAGCCUGGCCAUCCCCUGCCCGCUGCACUACGCGCCGCGCAUGAGCCCCGACUUCACCGUCUACAUGAUCAAGUACCUCAUGACCCUCAUCGUGGGCAUCACCUCGGGCUUCUGGAUCUGGUCCGGCAAGACGCUGCACUCCUGGCGCAAGUUCUACGCGCGCCUGGCGCACAGCCGGCACGGCGAGACCACGGUGUGAGGCUGGCGGCGGGGGCCGGGGGGCGAGGGAAGGAUUUAACACGCGCUGCUGCUUUUCAGUCGCAUCUAAACCGCCUUGGAGUUUUCGGGUCAGGAACGGCCGAGGGUGGCUUGUAAUUAGACCUGUACAUAGCGUCUGUAAAUGGAAUUAUAUAUUUCUAUUUAAAACCAGCACGGAACCCGCGGAGAUCCAGAAACUCUCUCGAGGCGGCUCGGCUCGGCUCGGCUCGGCUCCGCACGGCUCGGCCUGGCCGCCUCUCUUCGGUACGAACGUGUCGGGUUUUUCCCCUUCUCGGCCUUGGCAAUAGCUCCCCUCUACAUGGAGCCGGAGUGUCUGUCUGUGUUGGCUGCGGGGCAACGUUUUCAGUUGAACUUCCAUAAGCGCCAGCCAGACCUGUGAUUGCUUCCCUCGAUCGCACUGCGGGGGCUGUCCUGUAUUAAAGGCAGACUUUGGUUUGAUUUUUUUUUAAGUACCCUUCUCCCUCCGUUGGAAGUUUACCAAGAAGCUUUUUUGCUUUUUAAAUCUGAAGAGGGGCUGCCUCCCCCUGUUAUCCUGACCUGAGUGGGGUGGCCUGGCUCUGAGGAUCUGGCAGUGGUUUUGCUAAGGCUCUUCUGCCCAACUAGAGACUCCAGCGGAAGGCGCAUGGGAUUGAUUCGUGACAAAAGCACACCCCAGUUCAGCGCUUUUCUCAAACCCCCUUUUUUAACCUUUGCCUUAAAGCUACUUUGCUGGCAUUGUACAUUUCACUCUCCCCAAAUGCUGUGUACAGAAGUUUCUUUCUAAACUGUGUCCUUAGUAAGCAAUCUGUUCUUUGCAAGUACAACUGAGUUUAAAAACACACACAACCCCCAAACCCUACUUCUGAGGGGUUUUUCCUAACUCAAGAGCUGUAAUCCAAAUUAUAAAACCUUAGCAACUGCCAUUUGAAACUUUGGUGGUGUGGUGCGCUUUCAUUCAGGUAGGCAUCAUUGAAAGCAGUAAGUGGGUUGGGAAGGAUCUUUUUACUUAUUUGGGGGGGUGGGGGAUGGGGAAGUGGCUCUCAUUUUAAAGUUACUGCUUGCGGGGGAAAAAAAAAACAAAAAAACCCACCCCAGAGGGUUACUGUGCCUUGUCAGUGUUUGCUGAUGUGUUCUGGAAUCCUAUAGCUGAAAACUCCUAGAAAGUUUAACAGAUUUUUCUGUGAAAUAAAGGUAAAGACUCUCUUUUGUAACUCCA